GUGUGGUUUGCGUUGAGUGUAGUGUUUGAGUGUGUGUUUUGAUUGUCUUCAUCGGUAACCACACGUCACUCACUCUCGGCUCAGACAAUGUCGUCGGCUUUGGAUCAGUUGGAGACCAAUCUGGAGUCGCUGACCGAGAAUGUGCGACAACUGGGUAUAAUCGUGUCGGACUUCCAGCCCCAGGGUCAGGGACAGACCGCUCUCAACACCAAACUUAAUCAAAUCGUGACAUCACUGCAAGACAUCGAUCGCAUCAAGAAUGACAUGACCGGCAAAAGCAGUGACAUUCAGGUCCCGCUGGAAGUGUUUGAGUAUAUCGAUGAGGGAAGGAAUCCACAGCUCUAUACGAAAGACUGUAUGGAGAAAGCGCUGCAGAAGAAUGAGUUAGUGAAGGGAAAGAUCGACUCCUAUCGGGUCGAGAGUAUAUUCAAGCCGUACCGGUAUAUGAAGGCCUCUAAGUUUGUGCAGCAUCUGGUGCUAUGGGUGUGUCGACACCCGGACCCGAGUAUAUUCGACCAGCACUCGACCUCCCGGGGCGUCGACUGUACGGACAUGAGUGACUUGCCCUCGGAGUACAAACACUGUUUCAACAUAUUCUUCGUGUUGGACAAUCCGGACCAGAUCUUCGAGAGCGGCUACGAUAACGCGCUGUCCAUCGGUGACCAACACUCGCGGUAUCUCAUGAUCAACGCUCGCUUCGACGUCGCGAAGGAGGAGUUCAUUGGCCGCGAAGUGGAGAUCGGAAUGCGUUUGUGGACAACCAAUAACUGGCGGCGCAACGAAUUGCAGCAAUUGAUUACCGGCGCUCACGUCUCGCUCUACGGCAUUAUAAUACCGGCCCGGAAGUCAAGUUUUGUCAACGUUGGCCACUGUAGCGGCAAAUGCUUUAAAGAUUCGAUGCCAUCGGAAGGGAUAACACUAACCCAUGUUUAUCCCAUGUUUAAUCAAUACGGUAAAAAGCGA